AUGGUUCUCAUCUCCUGUCUCCGAUCCUCUCUAGACAUACUUUUGUUUCAGCCGGUCAACGAUUUCCUGAAUGAACCGGGAGGAAGACGACUGGGCUUCGUUCCACUAAUUUGGUUCUUUUCUGAGGUCGCGCAGCCAGGUCUUUGCUGGGCUCGGCGGGAUCUGGGCUGGGGCGGAGCUGGCGGCUCGCCGGGGGUGUGGCUAGAGGCGUGGUCUGUUCUGGGGCAGUCCAGCCAGGCUUUCGCGGAGCUCCGCGGCCGGGCGCAGCCUAGGUUUGCGGCUGCUAGCGCCGCUCUCGCAGCGUCAACUCGCCCCGGUCCUGGAGGGACCCGGGCGAUGCUGAGCCCAAGAGGUCCAGCGUCUCAGCCUCGGGGCUCCAAGGGAAAAAGCCGAGCCCUUGCAGGAGAAACCGCGGGCCGUCCGCGGUCUGCCGGAGGCCGCCUGAGCAUCGCAUCCCCGCCAGCCUCCGCCACGCAUCUUCCCCCGGCGCCGGCGGCGCAGGGCGCGCGGGAGAGUGGGGAUCACCGCGGGGAAGGCGCGACCCGAACACCGAGGAUGGACGCCGGCACCUGGCGUCUGAGCUGGCGCUGUCUUCUCCUCCUGGCUCUCCUUGGAUCUACCCGGAGCGAGGGCGUGGAGAGCUGCGAAGAAGUUCGGAAACUUUUCCAGUGGCGGCUUGGGGGAGCUGUCAAGGGGCUGCCGUAUGCACCGCGGCCAGGACCUGAUCUUCAGGUUUGUGUGUCCAAAAACCCAACAUGCUGUACCAGGAAGAUGGAGGAGAGGUACCAGAUUGCAGCUCGGCAAGAUUUGCAGCAGGUGCUUCAGACAUCCAGUUCAACAUUAAAGCUGCUAAUAUCUCGAAAUGCAGCUGGUUUUCAAGAGACCCUGGAAACCCUCAUCCGCCAAGCAGAGAACUACACCAGUAUCCUUUUCUGCAACACCUACCGGAACAUGGCCUUGGAGGCUGCUGCUUCUAUCCAGGAGUUUUUCACCGAUGUAGGGCUCUAUUUAUUCGGUGCAGACGUUAAUCCUGAAGAAUUUGUAAACAGAUUUUUUGACAGUCUUUUCCCUCUGGUCUACAACCAUCUCAUAAAUCCUGGUGUGACUGACAGUUCUCCGCAAUAUUCAGAAUGCAUCCGAACGGCCCGCCAGGAUGUUAGUCCAUUUGGCAAUAUUCCCAAAAGAGUCAUGGGGCAGAUGGGGAGAUCCCUGCUGCCCAGCCGCACAUUUCUGCAGGCGCUUAAUCUGGGCAUUGAAGUCAUCAAUACUACGGACCAUAUGCACUUCUCCAAGGAGUGCAGUCGAGCCCUCCUGAGGAUGCAGUAUUGCCCACACUGCCAGAGCCUGAUGCUCAGUAAACCCUGCAUGGGGUACUGCCUCAAUGUCGUCAGGGGUUGCCUGGCUCACAUGGCGGAGCUUAACCCGCACUGGCAUGCUUACAUCCGGUCCCUGGAAGAGCUGUCAGACGCAAUGCAUGGGACCUAUGACGUAGAGCACGUGCUCCUCAACUUCCACUUGCUCGUCAAUGAUGCGGUGCUGCAGGCGCACGUCAAUGGGCAGAAGCUGCUGGACCAGGUGAAUAAGAUUUGUGGCCAUCCGGUGAGAACCACCACACAGAGCCCCCGCUGCACUUUUGAUCUGAGCAAAGAGAAGCAUGGGAUGAAGAUCUCUGCGAGGAAUGGCGAAGAGACACUUGCCGGCCGAAGAAACAGUUCUGCUUCCGUCAACGUCUCUCCCUUUGAUUGCCUCCGUUCCCCGUGCCUGGCUUGGGCUGGCAUCUCAGGGCACUGGCAUCCCCAACGUCUUGGAGACCCCCCUCGAAACCUGGCUUUAUUCUCUCCUGGUAGCCUCUCACGGCCUCCUCCUGGGGCCUUGCCACGUGCUGCUUGCUGGCUGUCUGAAACAGCAGAGGAAAACAGCCAUGAUCCAUUUGCUCCUCUGCUCUUCAUGCCGCUGCAGAGUUCUGCUGACGACCCUGCUAAGAUCAGCUCUCCGUCUGGCACUAAUCAGAAUACGGACGGAGUCCAGCAGCUGAGAGCCCCACUCCGCAGAAAGACUUACUUUCGGAUGCCAUUCUCAAACAGGAGAUUGGAAAGUUCUCCACAGCUUUCGUGGUCAGCUUCCGCAGUUAAUAGAAACAAUCCAGGAAUCUCUAAACGGGAGAACGGAAGACCGAUGCAAACCACAAAGGGUUCUCUGGGAGGGACUAAGUGUCAGCUUACCGCUAGCUGCCAGAGCCACACAUGUGAGGAGGCUUCUACACCCUUCCUUAGGCACACCGAGCUCGCAACACUUCCACAAAACCAGCAGCUUGGAUGUCCUUCGAACACAAAGGUCUCCAAUAUUGAUGGUGACUUCAUGAAGGCAUGA